AUGGCUCUGCUGGAGGGGCUCAUCCAGACUCAUAGUAGCACAGCACUGUUUGGUGCAUUCAUAGUCUUGGGGGUCAUCUACUUCCUCUCCACAACUUCUAAACAAGGCAAAGAGCCCCCAGGACCCAGAUCUUUGCCACUCAUUGGAAACCUGCUGCAGCUGGACCUCAAGAGACCCCACGUCAGCUUGUUCCAGCUAUCCAAAAAAUAUGGAUCAGUGUUCACUGUUCAUUUUGGUCCCAAGAAAGUGGUGGUCCUUGCAGGCUUCAGGGCAGUGAAAGAUGCCUUGGUCAACUAUUCUGAAGAGUUUGGGGGUCGGGACAUAACUCCUGUUUUUUAUAAGACGAGCCACAACCAUGGUAUCCUGUUUGCUAAUGGAGAGUCUUGGAAAGAGAUGAGACGAUUUGCUCUGACCAGUCUUCGGGACUUUGGGAUGGGCAAGCGAAUAAUUGAAGAAAAAAUCAUCAAUGAGAUUGACUACAUGAUCCAACUGUUUGGAAACCAUAAAGGUCAACCUUUUGAUAACAAAGAGGCAUUGAAUCAUGCAGUCUCCAACAUCAUUUCCUCCAUUGUGUACGGUGCCAGAUUUGACUACUCCGACCCCCUGUUUCAGGAGAUGGUCCAUUGUGCAAAUGAAAGAAUUCGGCUCACAGGAACACCUGCUAUCCAGGUAUAUAAUAUGUUUCCAUGGCUGGGCCCCUUAAUGAAGGACUGGAGAGACCUAGUGAAAAAUUUGAAGAUCAGUGAGGAGCACAUAAGGGGAUUGGUGAAGAAACUUCAGAACACCCUGAAUACUAAGCACCGCAGGUGUUUUGUGGAUUCCUUCCUUUUCCAGCAGCAAGAAGUGAAGGUACAGGAAAAAUGUGAGCAGAACUCAUUCUUCAGUGAGAAGAAUUUGGUGUGCAGUGUGUCUAACCUCUUUGCUGCUGGAACUGAAACCACAGCUGCCACACUGCGAUGGGGGUUGCUCCUUAUGGCCAAGUACCCCCACGUACAGGACCGUGUUCAGGAGGAGCUGAUCAGGGUUACUGGGAGUCGGCAGCCAAGAGUCGAGGACAGGAAGAACCUGCCGUACACCAAUGCUGUGAUCCACGAAAUCCAAAGGAUGGCCAACAUUGUUCCAAUGAGUAUCCCCCACAUCACCACCUGUGAUGUGGUUUUCCAGGGUUUCCACAUCAAGAAGGGAACCUCUGUGUAUCCAUUGCUGACAUCUGUGCUGUUUGAUGAGAAUGAAUGGGAGACGCCCCACACAUUCAACCCUGGACAUUUCCUGGAUGAGCAGGGUCAAUUCGUGAAAAAGGAUGCCUUCUUGCCCUUCUCUGCAGGGCGUAGAGUGUGUCUUGGAGAGAGUCUAGCAAGGAUGGAGCUCUUUCUCGUCUUCACUUCACUCCUACAAAAGUUCAAUUUUACUCCUCCUCCUGGUGUGUCUGAAUCUGAAUUGGACCUUACUCCAGCUAUUGGAUUCACCCUUAACACUCCUCCUCAUAAGCUGUGUGCUGUCAGCCUGGCCUGA